AUAAAGUUGAAAAUGGCGACAAUGGCAGCAGAUGGAAUCUUAAGUCCCCACCUUGAAUGAUAAUGCAGAGGAUUUUACAGAUGGUCGGUGAGACCCACUGUGGAAAACCAGAUGGCAGCUACACCCAUUAUAGCGCCCGGUCAAAGCAGUAUGAAGUGAAGAGUAAGGUUUCACAGAGGAAAUGGGACAUAUACAAGAGCGGGACCCAUGAAGGGAUCUGCCCUGAAUCCUGAAUGACUUCUCUGCAAAUUUAAUGAAAGAAAAGCUGAACCGAAAAAAAGAUAUUAUAAGUUGACAUUGACAAGAGGAAGGAGAGCAGGAGUGGAGAUGUUUCAAGGCAGAAAGAUGGAUUGGAGUCAGGGAAAGCCAAAGAGGCCUCAACAAUUCAGCAGCGUGACAAAACCAAGCCGAAAGCUAAAGGGCAAGAGGACUUGAGAAAGCAAUUAGAGGAAUGCUGACCUGCAUAAACAAACUCAGCUUAAGAUUUUUUUUCCCACCCCUCCAGAUUAAAUCACAACAACAAGGCAAUUUCAAGAAAAGACACUCCUACAAACAAGCAAUGUUUUGGUCCUUAUAAGAGCAAAACAGACAUGUUCUAACAGCGUCCGUAAGGCGAACUUCCAAAGAGGAACAGAACAGCACAAGUUUGGACGGAUUCGUCACAUAGAGCUGUGCCUUGGGGUUGCUAACUCAUCUGGGAUUUUCAUGAAGAAUGAGGAGCAUGUGAAGUUCAUUGUCAAGUCACUGGAAAUCUUUGUGCUGAUGGCUGAUGAACUGACUUGUGCUCAGAGAGUUAAAUAAGGUAUCAAUCAACUGUUGAAGUUGAAGCUACUCACUCGGAUGAACAGCGUAAGUCGGUUAUUUUAGUGCGCUGGCAGCGGUUUGUUUUCAUCGCAAUAUAGACCUCUAAUCUCCCUAAAGGUUGUUAAAACAUUUCAGGGAGUCCAACUCAAGUAACUGAGCUCUGCAGGCCAAACGUUAUGGAAGGGGAGUUUCAUAGUGCCCAGGAUUUUUUCAACUGGCUGUGGACCUUGGCUGUGGACAAACACGACCAGGGGGUCUACAACACCAUCUGCCUGGUCGUCCUGCUGACGCUUCCUCUGCUAGUCUUCCUCACCGCUGUAGUGGUGUGCUGCUGCGGCUGCUGCUGUCGCCAUGACGGCAGCUGCUGCUGCUGCGGAGGCUCUUCGAGGUCGGCAGGGAAAAAGAAAAAUAAUUCAUUCAACAACGUGGACUUGUGGAUAUCUGUACAGACCGGACCGACGACUCCUGAUCGGGUCGCUACGGGAAUGGUGUAAGGAUUACCUAUGUUCAGGAUUACCACACUGGUGCUGAUCAGUAGUUGGAAAGAUGUAAAACCGAAACUCUCGUCUCGUCUCGUCAUUAUUUGAAUGGAUCUCAUUCAAAUAAAAGCAACUUUGUAUUGUUGUGGGCAUAGACAUGGCUGAGACAAGUUUGUUUUUGUAUAUAAAUACUUGUCACUUUGUAUUCACAUGA